CAUCUUCAUCCAAUGUCUUCACUUUCCACAUUACAAAAAAAUUGUUUCAAUUUCAACAAGUUUGAUUAUUUGACAGAUACGUUACAGUUUGGAACAUAAGCUGUUUGCGUUAAAGGUUGCCAGAUCCACUAAGACGGUUUUUGAUUUGCUCUUGUUUUGUCCAAAUGGAACCUCCAUACUCUUGUCUUGCCACUGGAUUAAAGCAUGAUGUUUUCAUCAGCUUUAGAGGGCCCGAUGUACGGAAUGGUCUGCUUAGCCAUUUGAAUAAGGAAUUAUGUCGCAGAAAGAUUGAUGUUUACGUGGACAAGAGAAUUGAAAGGGGAGAUGAAAUAUCAUCCGCACUUCUGAGAGCAAUUGAAGGGUCACAGAUUUUAUUGGUCAUAUUCUCAGAAGACUAUGCUUCAUCACCCUGGUGCUUGGAAGAGCUUGCCAAAAUGGUUGAAUGCAAUGAAAAAAACAAACAGAUUCUUCUACCUGUUUUCUACAAUGUAGAUCCAUCAGAUGUGCGGUCGAAGCGAGGGAAUUAUGCAGUUGCUUUGGCUAAACAUGAAGAAAGGUUCAAGGAAAACAUGCUCAUGUUCAAGGAAAACAUGCUCAUGGUACAAAGUUGGAGAUCAGCUUUGGAAAAGGCUAGUCAUGUAGCAGGGUUUCAUUAUCCAAAAAAUUUUGAUGAUGAAUCUGAUCUUGUCGAUGAAAUCGUAGAACGCAUUUCUGGAACGUUGACCAACUUUAGCCCAAGUGGGUCUAACGGCCUCGUUGGAAUUGAUCAAAACAUUGCACAGAUUCAAUCGUUAUUGCUAAAGGAAUCAAGUGAAGUUCGUUUUGUUGGAAUUUGGGGCAUGGGUGGCAUAGGUAAGACAACCAUUGCUCGUACUAUAUUUGAUAAAUAUUCUCCUGAAUAUGAAGGUUGUUGCUUCUUGAAUGUGAAAGAAGAAGUGGAACGACACGGACUGAGUAAUUUACAGGAGAAACUUAUAUCUGAACUAAUGGAGGGAGAAGGUCUUUAUACAAGUGGCACAAACAAAGCAACAAUCUUAAAUUCUGUUGAGAGAAGGAUGAUUCGGAAAAAAGUUCUGAUUGUGCUUGAUGAUGUGAAUACUCCAAAACAAUUGAAAUAUCUUAUUGGCAAGCCAAUUUGCUUUGGCCCAGGGAGUAGAGUGCUCGUUACAAGUAGAGAUAUGCGUGUGCUUACCACUGGAGGAGUUAAUCGGAUUCACGAGGUCAAGGAAAUGGAUCCUCAAGAUUCCCUCAAGCUUUUCUGCUUAAAUGCCUUCAAUGAAAACCAACCCAGAAAGGGUUAUAAAGAGCUAUCUGAAGAGGUGGUUAAAAUUGCCCAGGGCAAUCCAUUAGCCUUGAAAGUUUUAGGUUCAGAUUUUCAUUCCAGGGGUAUAGACACAUGGGAGUGUGCAUUAAGUAAAAUCAAGAAGUAUCCCAAUGAGGAAAUUCAAAGUGUGUUAAGAUUCAGUUACGAUGGUUUGGAUGAAGUAGAGAAAAAGGCAUUUCUAGACAUUGCAUUCUUUUUCAAAGACGAUGACAAAGAUUACGUGAUCAAGCAACUGGAUGCUUGGGGAUUUCAUGGAGCUAGUGGAAUAGAGGCUCUUCAGCAAAAAGCUCUGAUAACAAUAUCAGAUAACAGGAUACAGAUUCAUGACUUGAUCCGAGAAAUGGGUUGUGAAAUAGUUCGUCAAGAAUCUACUAAAUAUCCCAGAAAACGCAGCCGGUUGAGGGAUCCUAUGGAAGUAUCUGAUGUACUGAAACAGAACCUGAGAACUGACAAGGUGGAGGGGAUGCAGAUAGAUGUGUCUGGAAUUAAAGAUUUUCCUUUGAGAUUAGGCACUUUUAAAAAGAUGCCUUGUUUAAGAUUUCUCAAAUUUUAUCUCCCAUUGCAUGCUGAGCUCUCUCUGCUGCAAAGCCAUGAUGGUCCCAUUUGGUGUCCGGAGAAACAAGAUGAGUUGCUUUUAUCUGCAGGGUGCAAGGAACUGAUGAGGGUUGCGAGCGAGAUUCACAUAAAAUGUCUUCACUACCUUGUUAUUGAGGAUUGCUCAGAUCCUUCACGACUGAACGAACUAACAUCAACUGAAAUGAAGAUGCUGCAAAACACAGCACAGGACGCUGGAGUGGAAAUAAUAUUGAACUCAUCCAUUGGACACCUUAGCAGUUUGGAAUGCUCCGAUGUGGUUGAUCAACAGUUCAGGAAUUUGCCCAAUGAGCUACUUUAUGUAAGAUACACCUAUUACCUUAAGAUUUCUAAGGGUAAGCGACCAGACAGUGGAAAACCCAAGUUAAAUAUUCUAUUUGAUAGCUUAAGGUAUUACCAACGCGUGUCUAUGGACGAGUUGUAUAACACGGUUGUCGUGUUUCCUCGGAGCAGUCGUGGAGAGAUGUGGGUGAAAGGAGCUAAAAAGGAGGUCAAAGGUUUUGUGGUUGCCACGUUCUACUUUCAUCUUUACACCGUCCUUUUCUUCCUAUCUCCUUCUUCCUUUUCCAUCACCUUGCUUAUUCAGACUGUAAUUUGCUCAUUCAUUCUUUUCUUCUGUAUUUUACUAUCAUUUUUCUCCCGAUCCCGAUAUCUCGGACAAUCAUUUGACAACUGUUGAUGGAAUAAUAUAUUUGCGAUAUAUAUA